CCUGCAACAUCAACAGACAAAAUUUCAACAUCACCCAAAAAAAAAUCAUUUUCAACUCCUAAAAAUGAAGAUCAAUCAAAAGGUACUUCUUCUAUCUCUGCUACACCAACACAUCGUAGGCAAAUUCGUGUACGUCGUGGUCGACGAUUAUUUAGACGAAGAGCUUCUUCUAAUGAACUUAAAAGCAAACAGAGAACGAAUGAUGGAGACAGUGAAUGCACAAACCAAGAUGAAUUGUUACUUAGAAUUAACCAAAAAUGGUCAGAUAUGAUAGCUCAAGGUAAAGCAGCAUUGACCAGUACUGUUGAGGUAACUGAAGUUGAAAUGAUGCUCAUAGAAGAAAGAGAACGUGAAGAAAGAAUAAUGAGAGAACUUGGACUUCAAACACCUGUUGGACGUCAUAACAGAAGAUUUACUAAUUCAUCAUCUUCGGGUUAUGACUCUUUGUCUGAUUCUAGCAGUUAUUCUGCAUCAGAAACAUCUUAUUGUGAAUAUGGUUAUGGUUCUAAUAAUAGGUUUGCCUCAUCAACAGGAUAUGACCCUCCUUUAAGAUAUGGGUCAACAGCUCAUUAUUAUUCACCCAUAACUUAUGGUUCACCUGGAAUAUAUUCUUCAUCUGUAGGUUAUAACAUGUUAGGCAGUAAAUCUUCGAAUGAAUUUUCCAGUCCAAUCCCAAGUAGAUACCAUGAAAUACCACCAUCACAAAUACAGUCAAUACAAUCAAUCCCACAAUUUGCUUAUAAUAAUUUGAUUUCAAAUAGAUAUAAUGUUGCUUUAUCAACUGACACCCAAGCCACAAUUUUUCUUGCGCAAAAAAAUGCUUGGGAUGAAAUAUCUGCUCAAUGGGCCGACAGCGAAUGA